AUGUCGACGCUGGCCCCCCUGCGUCUGCUGCGCGAGCCCUCGAAUGCCAGCGAGGGCAACCAGAGCAACGCCACGGUCGGGGCCAGUGGUGGCUGGUGCCAGGGGCUGGACAUUCCCAACGAGCUGUUCCUGGCACUGGGGCUGGUGAGCCUGGUGGAGAACCUGCUGGUGGUGGCUGCCAUCCUGAAGAACAGGAACCUGCACUCUCCCACCUACUACUUCAUCUGCUGCCUGGCGGUGUCUGACAUGCUGGUGAGCAUCAGCAACCUGGCGGAGAUGCUCUUCAUGCUGCUGCUGGAGCACGGGGUGCUGGUGAUGCGCCCCAGCAUCGUCCGCCACAUGGACAGCGUCAUCGACACGCUCAUCUGCAGCUCCGUCGUCUCGUCCCUCUCCUUCCUGGGGGUCAUCGCCGUCGACCGCUACAUCACCAUCUUCUAUGCCCUGCGCUACCACAGCAUCAUGACGCUGCAGCGGGCCGUGGUCACCAUGGCCAGCGUCUGGCUGGCCAGCACCGUCUCCAGCACCGUCUUGAUCACCUACUACCGCAGCAACACCAUCCUCCUCUGCCUCAUUGGCUUCUUCCUCUUCAUGCUGGUCCUCAUGCUGGUGCUCUACAUCCACAUGUUCGCCCUGGCCCGCCACCACCUCCACAGCAUCUCCAGCCAUCAGAAGCCAACCACUGCCCACCGUGGAGGCAGCCUGAAGGGUGCCGUCACCCUCACCAUUCUCCUGGGUGUCUUCUUUAUCUGCUGGGGGCCCUUCUUCUUCCACCUCAUCCUCAUCGUCACCUGUCCCACCAACCCCUUCUGCACCUGCUUCUUCAGCUACUUCAACCUCUUCCUCAUCCUCAUCAUCUGUAACUCAGUGAUUGACCCCCUCAUCUACGCCUUCCGGAGCCAGGAGCUCCGGCGGACGCUGCGGGAGGUGGUGACGUGCUCCUGGCUCUUUGCAGUGAAGCUGUGGCUGGCAUCGGGCAGCCCCGGGGAGCCCCAGGGGGAGAGUCCCUCCCGGUCCCGCCGGUCGGUCAAGGGUCACUUGCUCCCGGAGGGAACCGGGAAAGACCGGCUGGGCGGCGGGAGGCUGCGCCCUACGCGGGGGGUGGUCCCGGCCGCCCCCGGACAAAGGGCCCAUCACCGUCGCCUUUGUUCUCGGGCCGCGCCCGCCGCCGCCCACCUCAUCACCGGCACCCGCACUGUAGCCGCUCCCGCGGGGGCGACUGGCGACCGGGACCCCCAGGAUGGCCCUCCCGUACCCCGUCCCUACCCCUCCCCGGUCCCCGCACGGGUCCCGGGGUGUCCCCGCUCCCCGCGGGUGCCGGGGGCGCCCCCCCGGCCGUGCCCCCCGCGGGUGCCGGGGUCCCCGCUCCGCCGCGGCGGGGCGUGGCCGCGGGCGUGGCCGGGCGGGGCGUGGCGGGCGGUGCCGGUGCCGCAGGGCUGUUGCGGCGCUGCGGCGGCGGCCGCUGAUUGGCUGCGGGCGGCGGUGACGUCAGCGGCCGGCCCGGUGCGGCGGCGGGAGCCUAUAAAGGAUGCGGCGGCGGCCGCGCCGCCCCCCGCGCUCCCGGUGCCGCUCCGCUCCGGUGCCGCUCCGCUCCCGGCCCCAGCCCGCUCCCGUCCCGCUCCGCUCCGGCCCGGCCGCACCAUGAGGGAGAUCGUCCACAUCCAGGCGGGGCAAUGCGGCAACCAGAUCGGCGCCAAGUUCUGGGAGGUGAUCAGCGACGAACACGGCAUCGACCCCAGCGGCAACUACGUGGGGGACUCGGACCUGCAGCUCGAACGCAUCAGUGUCUACUACAAUGAGGCCUCUUCUCACAAGUACGUGCCUCGCGCCAUCCUGGUGGACCUGGAGCCGGGGACGAUGGACAGCGUGCGCUCGGGUGCCUUUGGCCACCUCUUCCGCCCUGACAACUUCAUCUUUGGGCAGAGCGGUGCCGGGAACAACUGGGCAAAGGGGCACUACACAGAGGGGGCCGAGCUGGUGGACUCGGUGCUGGACGUGGUGCGGAAGGAGUGUGAGAACUGCGACUGCCUGCAGGGCUUCCAGCUGACCCACUCGCUGGGCGGGGGCACCGGCUCGGGCAUGGGCACGCUGCUCAUCAGCAAGGUGCGGGAGGAGUACCCCGACCGCAUCAUGAACACCUUCAGCGUGGUGCCGUCCCCCAAGGUGUCGGACACGGUGGUGGAGCCCUACAACGCCACGCUGUCCAUCCACCAGCUGGUGGAGAACACGGACGAGACCUACUGCAUCGACAACGAGGCGCUCUACGACAUCUGCUUCCGCACCCUCAAGCUGGCCACCCCCACCUACGGCGACCUCAACCACCUUGUCUCGGCCACCAUGAGCGGCGUCACCACCUCCCUGCGCUUCCCCGGCCAGCUCAACGCCGACCUGCGCAAGCUGGCCGUCAACAUGGUGCCCUUCCCGCGGCUGCACUUCUUCAUGCCCGGCUUCGCCCCGCUGACGGCGCGCGGCAGCCAGCAGUACCGCGCCCUCACCGUGCCCGAGCUCACCCAGCAGAUGUUUGAUGCCAAGAACAUGAUGGCCGCCUGCGACCCCCGCCAUGGCCGCUACCUCACCGUGGCCACUGUCUUCCGUGGCCGCAUGUCCAUGAAGGAGGUGGAUGAACAGAUGUUGGCCAUCCAGAGCAAGAACAGCUCCUACUUUGUGGAGUGGAUCCCCAACAAUGUCAAGGUGGCCGUGUGUGACAUCCCGCCACGGGGGCUGAAGAUGUCCUCCACCUUCAUCGGGAACAGCACGGCCAUCCAGGAGCUCUUCAAGCGCAUCUCGGAGCAGUUCACGGCCAUGUUCCGCCGCAAGGCCUUCCUGCACUGGUACACGGGCGAGGGCAUGGACGAGAUGGAGUUCACCGAGGCCGAGAGCAACAUGAAUGACCUGGUGUCCGAGUACCAGCAGUACCAGGACGCCACGGCCGAGGAGGAGGGUGAGAUGUACGAGGACGACGAGGAGGAGUCGGAGGCGCAGGGCGCCAAGUGACGCCCGACGCCGCCCCCCAACACUGCCCGCGGCCCCCCCGGCUUCGCGCUGCUGCAGCCCCAGGUGCUGCCCCCCCCCGCCAUCCCCUCAGUGUCUCCUGACUCCAUCCCCCCCUGAGCCGGCUCGGCCCCUCGCCCCCCUUCCUACCUCCCCCCUUUUCGUUUUUUACUGGUUUGUGUCUUAUUAUUUUUUUUGAAUACUUAAUAAAUUUAUUGCUGUCCAGGUA